CUCACCAAACGCCUCACCAUUCACAGCGCCAGCGUUUCUUGCUGGUUACAACUUCCUUGUUUGCUCUGUAAGUAAGUAAGUACAGAGAUUCAGAUUCUGAUAAAUAUAAUAAGGAAUUAGUCCUGUCAGCCAUUGAGCACCUAAUGCGUAAAAUGUUUGGUAGCUCCUGCCGUAAACCAACCGUUUGUUGUACAAGAGAAUGAAGUAAGAGAUGCUGGUGAAAACCCGUUGUAACCCAAUAAAUGCAAUGUUAUCAUCAAUGGUGGUGUAGUAGAACAACUACUAGGUGGAAUAGAUGAUAGAAAUAGUAAUAGACCUAGAACGAGAACUACAACUAGAUCUUGUCAAGUAGAUAGUGAUAGAAGAUGAGUUAGGGAUACCAAAAAGAAGUAGUCUAUUUAUUUUCAGUUUUCGUAGAGGUAGAAGAACAAGAGAGGAGCUUAGGAGACGCUUUCCAGCGGCAUCUUAUUGAACAAGAUGUUGUGCAACGCCGCCAACAAUUCUGGCAACAUCUAUUACAGCCAGGAUGCUUAUGGCGCGACCAAACCGGUUCCAGAUGUGCCGUCUAGUUUCGACAAGGGUCACGAACUUUUCGGGCCGGAGUUUCAGAAUGCCGACUACAACUAUCAGAUCGUAACAGCCGGGGCCUUGCCGCCACUGAAACCGGAUCCAGCGGCUGGCUUAGGUGGUGGCGGAGCAUCUGCGCACGUGGACCUGCUGAAUCGCUCGUCGCUCGUCGCCGGUUGUGCGCGUGCAGGAUACUCAGAUGAAUUCCUCACUCCGGAAGAGGAUGCGGAACUCAGACAACGGCCACAUCCUGGACCCGGCUACCAUACGUGUAAGCUUUUUCAAGCAGGCUUGUGCAACAAUUUUUCUGCCUUUCCAGACAAAUUUAGGCGCGGAGAUCCAAUGGGACAAUGGGGGCUGCGUAAUCUACUACACUAGUAGUUUUUAAUCGAACAAGUCUUCCUUCAUGAUUUUGAUAGAUUCUUCAGUGCUGUCAACACUCGUUUUCCAUAAAUCGUCAUCUUGCCAAUUACGGUCUUGUACGUGCUAGUUAAAAAUCAAAUCCAAUUUCAACAUCCUCCAUUAAUUUGGUUACGACCUCCAUCCCCACUUCCUCUCUGUCCAUCACCAGAUGGCGUUUGCGAAGAGUGUUUUCUGCGGCGAAACGAUUUGAAGAGGCGUGGCUUGCCUGUGGACUAUGGUAAUGAAGGCUCUCCCUUGAAGAGGAAGAUGGAAGGAAAUUUUCCAGCGUUGAUGCCUAUAGUUCCUAGUUUCGAUCGAGAGCCGAUUCGCACCGUAGUCUUCUUCGGUGAUUUCAUGACACCCCGGUUGACGGAACUGAAAGGACAGCAGGUUUCCUUGCAGACCUUUUCAGACAUCCAAUACACGCAUCGACUGGCACAAGACGCACAAGGACGAUGGCGACGUGUCAGGCGAGAUGUGCCGAAUUCACCAGGAGGAAAUAGAGGACAGUUAUGAAGAAGGAAAUUAGUUGGAAGUUCUAAGAACUUAGUUCUUCUUGAUGCAAUUAUAGCGGCUGUGAUAGUUAGUGUAAGUGCUCCUAGAGAUAUUGAAAAAGAAAAUAGAGGAAGAGGAGUUCUUGGAAAAAUUCGUGCGCUUGUUCUUUCACUUUCAGGAUGACAGCGUCUGGGUCGAAGUCGAUACUAUUUAUGAAACUUUUUUUAGGUAUGGUGCUCCUUCAUCUAGGUAAGGGGACGACAACGAGAAAGACAUCAUUAUCAUUUACUUGGGUGGAUUACAACAAAGCCGAAAUCAAAAGUUUACAAUUUCGUUCUCGUCUCUAACAACCGCCAUGGGUAGUCCGGGGAGUAGAUAUCCAACGACCCUCGGUGCGAGCAGUGUUGCGCAAGAUCGACGAAUUAACCUGAACCGCUCUGCGCCGUGUAUCGCAAAGGUGGCGCGAAACAAAGGUAAAUACGUGGACGUGUAUGACGAAACGCACUUUCUUUGUUCGGCACAAGAGUUGUGUGCGGGAGUUUUUGAGCAUUACCAACGCGACGUAACUGGACGCGUCUCGCCAGGGCUGCUAACUCUGAUGCACAAUUUAGAUCCCGAUCUUGUCGUAAUCUCAGGCGGACACCUGGAUCUUACCGAAGGUACUGCAAACUUUUUGUUUUUCUUUUUUCCGCGUAUCAAUGAAUAUACCGAUGUAGCUACAGCACGGACUUGUAUGAUGAGCAACAGUACUCCGUCGUGGAUGCGCUCACCUUUCUUUUAGAAACAAUUUAGAGAAAGCAGAAUCAAGAUACACUUCGACUACUGGUGACUGACUGACUGUCUGACAUUGAUUUAUUCUGUUGCAGCGGUACUUAUCUUGAACAUCACAACCACCGCUGAAGCUGAACUCUUAUUUCAGGUGUUUCGGCGAAAGAUGUGUUUGUGGCAACGAAGAUUCUUGGUGAGCAAGCCCUCCUAGUUCCACGCAAGGACCAUAGGCUGCCUGAACGUAAGAUCAUAUUCAUGGGAAUACCGAUCACGCCAACGCUGAAGGCAUUUCCUGAUAUGGUGAGAAGAAGAGCCAUAGUUUUGCAACGGCUCACGCAUAUGCAACGAGUGGAUCACCGAAUCAAGGUGCUGCAAUGUUUCGAAGGCAAACAGGUAACUCAUUUUUUUUUGCUGGAUUGCGAUCAAACCCACUUGUUGAUGUCUCUCAAGUGAUUGGAUUCAGUCGAAGAUGCUGUCAACAGCAUGGCUGAAAAAAUAUGGAAUUCGCGCUCAUUUGAUUUACAACCACUGAAGACAGAUAUAGAAACUAAUAUUCUUAUGACUCUUUGAAUCUGAACGUAAUUUUGAUUGUUGACUCAGUCGGAUCUUCGCUGCUUUCUGAUUGCAGAGAAUUGUGGUCGUCUGGAAUUUCAUUCGAAUAAAACUUGAUAAAAUCAAAAAUUUACGUUUUUGGAGUUUCAAAUUUGUUUUUCAGCAAAAUUUGGACUUUGAAUUGAGGUAUCUUCUAUCUUUGUUUACUCUCUCUUGUCAAUAUCAUGCAAAGCCACAAUCAUUAUCUUUUUUUAGGUUAGUGGAGGACACUUCACGCGGCCUAAUAGCUACUUGACGCAAGCUGAGCACGAUAUUGCAGUAAAUUGCAUCCUGAAUAAUAUCCGUGUAGAGGGGACGCCGGUGCGUGACGGGUCUUUACUUGAAAGAUCACUAGUGGACGGUGGUCCUGAGUAUGAAGAUGCACCCUAUGAAGCACCACCAAGCGAUACGGAGCGCGAUCAGGAGUUGAAUCGGGACAGCACUACAGGGAAUAAAGUAACGCGUAAUAGCAACGCGACAGCAGGUAACGGAAAGAAUGGAACAGCAGGAGAUCAAGAUCCCGCAGUGGUUUUGGCGCAAGACGAUGCGACUUCUCCUAACAACGAAGGUGUUGAAGACAGCACGGCUGCGGUUGUAAAUGAAGAUGAUGAUGUCCUGGCUCCAACACUGCUUCAGGAUGCAGAUCUUGGAUCUUCGGCGAAAACCAAUCAAUUAGAUGGCACCCUCGUCUCGAAAAGUGACGCCGACGUGGUCACUGACGAGGUGGUGGCCAGCUAACGACUCACGGUAAGAAAAGUACAGGGGACGGAAAAGCGAAUUACUAUCUGCUAUAGCUAGCUCGGAUGCUAUUUUCUUGGAUUCAUCUAAGUACUUCUUCUAGUAGUUUUGAAGACUGGUGGAAUAUAUCUGAAUUUGAAAUUAUUAGAUAGAAUAAGUAUAAGCAUACUCACCUCCUCAUAGCAUUGGGGAACAUAAUGUACUGUAAAGUGAUUCAAUUCUAGGUAAGAGAUAUUUUCCUAGGGUUGUUGUAUAGCUAGAUCUACAUCAACGCUCAAAAGAUGUACUCUACUUUUGGAAUUUGAAAUAUUUGAUGUCGUUCGGGUCUCGGUCUCGGAGGACGAGGAGACCGCGAUGUGCAUGUGAGCUAGUCGAGAAAAUGUAACCAUCUUUGUUUUUCUUCUAAUUUGUGAUAGGGUGUAUGAUGAAAUUGGAUGCUGCAUGUACAGAAGAUAACAGAAUAAUGUAAUAUGAGAAAACACGAAACUGAUAAGAAACAUAACUACAAACGAUGUUGAGAAAAUAGAAGUAAUUACGCUUUGAUAACUCCGAUCAAUGAAAAAAAUGGAUUUGCAAGAAUUUUGUGCUAUAAGUCACACACUAUCAAUAGUAUCCGUAAUAUUAACGGUGCUUCACCUUACGAAAAUGAAGUCAGGUCCAUCCCUCAUAAAAAUAAGACCGCGGCUUAGGGUAAGGAACGAUAGUUAGCGGGUCUUUUCUCAUAGUGGAAGACUUUGCUUUUAAGCCUUUCAAUAGGAUCGUGAGCAGAAUUGACCACUGCGCCCUCCCAUGUCUUCGAAUAAUGACUCUUUCUCAGUCACGCUUCGAAUUUUCCAUGGCAAAAUUAGUACUUGCCUUGCAAGCGCUUUUCUCUG